AUGGCCAACUACCACCGUUGGAAGAGACCUAGUGUAUCUUGUGCUCACGAUGUCAGCAGGACCAGAAGAAUAGCACAAGUUAUUAUUUCUGUGAUAUACUGCUCCUUAUCGUCAGGCAUCAUUUUUGGCUACGCUGCACUAAAACCGGUCCUCAUAGAGGAAGGUGUGUAUAACCAUUUAUGCACAAAAGAUGAUUUUGACCAGGGAGCAAGGGUGUGUUAUCGGCAAGAGUUGCGGCUUAAUUUCAUGUUCACUGUAUCAGUAAUUGCGUCAAAUAUCUUUGCCUUGCCGAGCGGCGCCAUUCUCGACAAGUAUGGCCCUCGAUUAACCAGCGGAAUUGGUGCUAUUCUUCUAGCUAUGGGAUCUCUUUUAUUUACGUCUGCCUCACAUUUCCCGUAUGAUAGGCAUUUAUGCGGAUAUACCCUCAUGGCGAUGGGUGGGUCAGCCGUGUUUAUAUCUUCUUUCCAUUUAUCAAACACUUUCCCGAAACGUUCUGGAUUCAUACUGUCAACUUUGACUGCCGCCUUUGAUAUAUCGAGCGCCCUUUUCCUGCUAUUCCGCGAGGUACACAGCACAAAACUUACACUUAAGGUCUUGUUUACUAUAUACCUCGCUGUUCCAAGCCUUAUCCUAGCUUCGCAGGUUUUUCUUAUGCCAUCGAAUCCCUACAGCACGGUUGGAGAGCUUAUUGCGUAUGCGGAAAACGUUUUGGCGGAAGAAACGGAAGAUGCCCGGCUCCGUGAUGGCUCAUGUCUCGAGCCGGCCGGGCAGUUUCCGGGGUAUCACCACAUAGUGUGCAAAGUGAAGACUCUACUUGAAGAAGAGGACUACAAGAAUAUCAUAGAUACCUGGACAUCCCUAUCGGGUAGGAAGACCGGUCGAGCGCAGCAUACAAAUAAUCAGUUGUGGGGCACCUUACACGCGUUACCAGCAUCAGAACAGAUCAGUUCAUUAUGGUUUAUCCUCUUGACUGUCUUUGCAAUGGGCCAGUUCCUUCGGAUAAAUUAUUUCAUAUCAACGCUCUACGUACAAUACGAAUACCUCUUGUCUUCCCCAUCCCUCGCCAGAUCAUUAAACCACCUAUUCGAUUAUCUAUUACCUCUUGGGGGGCUUAUUGCUACCCCGUUCGUAGGGAUACUUCUCGAUUAUGCCACCUUACCACUCAUGCUACUCAUCCUUGUUACGAUAACUACAAUAAUCGGCAUUUUCGGCUGUAUUCCUAACAGUAUAUUUAUGGGAUAUAUUAACAUUGUCCUCUUUACACUAUUUCGCCCGUACUUCUAUACAGCAGUCUCCGACUAUGCGGCAAAGAUAUUUGGGUUUCAGACAUUCGGGAAAGUGUAUGGCCUGAUAAUAUUUGCAGCCAGCAUGGGAAGUUUCCUUCAGGCGCCAUUGGAAUUGAUCACUUUAAAAGAAUUUGGCGGAGACCCUGUACCAGUAAAUAUGUUACUAACAGCCGGUACAAUCUUAGCUGGAGGGGCACUGACUUUGUUCGUUUGGCACAAGUCUGCGGUAUAUUGCUCCCUUGACCUACCUUCAGAGGUGGAUAUGGAAUCAAACCACAACGGUACGGUGGUGGGGAGAUUAUGGAUUUCUGUUGAGCGUGCUGUUGAAGAUGAUUCUUCUACCGAUGAAGAGCGAGACGCAGAGCAAAUCGACCUCCUUCAUUCGUUCGAUAGAUUGGAUCGAACCUUGUCAUACGGUGCUAUCCCACAUAAUGCAUAA